AUGGCUUCUGCUAUCACACAGUGUUCUACCAGGGAGCUCACCUGCUCGAUCUGCACAGACUAUUUGACAGACCCUGUCACCAUUUGCUGUGGGCACAGAUUUGGUACUCCCUGUCUCUGCCUCUUGUGGGAAGAUACACUAACUCCUAAUUGCUGCCCUGUGUGCAGGGAAAUAUCACAGCAAAUGUACUUCAAACCCAUUACUUUUGCUGAGAAACAAGUUAUUCCUACAAGAGAAUCAGUCCCCUGCCAGUUAUCAAGCUCUGCCAUGCUGAUCUGUAGGAGACACCAGGAAAUCAAGAACCUCAUCUGUGAAACUGAUAGGAGCCUGCUGUGUUUUCUCUGCUCUCAAUCCCCAAGGCAUGCUACUCACAAACACUAUAUGACAAAGGAGGCUGAUGAAUACUAUUGGAAGAAACUCCUGAUUCAAAUGAAGUCCCUCUGGAAAAAAAAACAGAAAAAUCAAAGAAAUCUAAGCAGAGAGACCAACGUGAUCGGAACAUGGGAAGUUUUUAUAAAUUUGCGGAGCAUGAUGAUCAGCGCUGAAUAUCCUAAGGUGUGUCAAUACCUCCGUGAAGAGCAAAAGCACUUAGAGAGCCUGGCAAGAGAUGGCAGGAUAGUUUUUCAGCAACUCAAGAAAAGUCAAACUAGAAUGGCUGAGAUGGGGGUACUCCUGAGAGGAAUGUAUGAGAAACUGAAUGAAAUGAGCUGUAAAGCAGAUGUGAACCUGCCUCAGGAUUUGGGAGACACAAUGACAAGGAAUGAGUUUCUGAUGCUGGCCAUGCCUCAGCCUGUGAACCCACAGCUCAGUGCAUGGACCAUCACUGGGAUGUCAGAAAGGCUUAACUUCUUCAGAGUGUAUAUCACCUUGGAUCAUAAGAUAUGCAGUAAUCACAAGCUUCUGUUCGAAGACCUGAGGCAUUUGCAGUGCAGCCUUGAUGAUACAGACACGUCCUGUAAUCCAAUAAGUACACAGUAUACUUCUUCAUGGGGAGCUCAGAUCCUCGCCUCUGGCAAACAUUACUGGGAGGUGGAUGUGAAAGACUCUUGUAAUUGGGUGAUAGGACUUUGCAGAGAAGACUGGACAAAGAGGAAUGACAUGCGACUUGACUCUGAGGGUAUCUUUCUACUCCUGUGUCUUAAAGUGGAUGACCAAUGCAGUCUCUUCUCUACCUCCCCACUGUUACCUCAUUAUAUUCCAAGGCCUCAAGGCUGGCUAGGGGUGUUCCUGGAUUAUGAAUGUGGGGUAGUGAGCUUUGUUAACGUUGCCCGAAGUUCCCUCAUUUGUAGUUUCCUCUCACGCAUCUUCUAUUUUCCUCUCAGACCUUUCAUUUGCCAUGGAUCUAAAUAA